AAUAAGGAACAGAUGAUGACAAGAAUUAGAGCAAUGACCUGAGAGAGGAUGGUCUGCUGAAAUGCUCUGCUACAGGUGCUUCUACUCUUCCCCUAAUUACUCUCUCAUUCCUUCUCCAACCAUCAGCAACAAAAACAAGAACUUGCUCUUCAAGACCUUUCCUUUUUUGUCCUCUCAAAAACCGAACUUCACUUCAUCACUCUAUUGCUCUCACCCUCUCUCUCAAAUAAUGGAUUUGGACAACGAGAAGGAUCAAGAAUCAAGAAGUUUAUUUGAUUUCUUAAGCCAAAAAGCUUACACACCACCUUCAUGGGCUUCCCUUUUGAAUCCAAUCCCUUCUCAUAUCUUCUCUCUUGGUCACCUCCCUACUCCUAUUCACAAAUGGAACCUUCCGAAUUUGCCCACCAACACUGAAGUCUAUUUAAAGAGAGAUGACUUGUCUGGGAUGCAACUGAGUGGUAACAAAGUGAGAAAGUUGGAGUUUUUAAUGGCUGAUGCUGUGGCUCAAGGUGCUGACUGUAUUAUUACCAUUGGUGGUAUUCAAAGUAAUCACUGUCGUGCCACUGCUGUUGCUGCUAAGUACCUUAAUCUUGAUUGUUACGUCAUACUUCGCACCUCAAAGGUUGUUGUGGACAAAAAUCCAGGAUUGACAGGAAAUCUCUUGGUGGAGAGAUUAGUUGGAGCUAGUGUUCAACUUAUUUCAAAAGAAGAAUAUGCACAAAUUGGGAGUGUGAAUCUCACCAAUGAUUUAAAAGAAAAGUUGGUGAAGGAAGGGAGAAAACCAUAUGUUAUUCCUGUGGGUGGAUCAAACUCCUUAGGAACCUGGGGUUACAUUGAAGCUAUCAGGGAAAUUGAGCAGCAAGUUCAGGCUACUACAGGCAGAAUAAAAUUUGAUGAUAUUGUUGUAGCAUGUGGCAGUGGAGGAACAAUUGCUGGUCUGUCAUUGGGAUCAUGGCUGGGAACAUUAAAGGCAAAAGUUCAUGCAUUCGCUGUAUGUGAUGAUCCUGAUUACUUCUACAACUUUGUUCAAGAGCUAAUUGAUGGACUCAAAGCAGGUGUUGACUCACAUGAUAUUGUAAACAUCCAAAAUGCCAAGGGUCUGGGCUAUGCAAUUAAUACACCUGAGGAGCUUAAAUUUGUUAAGGAAAUUGCUACCGCUACAGGGGUCGUUCUUGAUCCAGUUUACAGUGGGAAAGCUGCUUAUGGGAUGAUGAAAGACAUGGCAGAAAAUCCAAAGAAUUGGGAAGGGAGAAAGGUCCUCUUCAUCCAUACAGGGGGGCUCCUAGGAUUGUUUGACAAAGUAGACCAGAUGUCUUCAUUGGUUGAAAAUUGGGGCCGGAUGGAAGUCCAGGAAUCUGUUCCAAGAAAGGAUGGUAUAGGAAAAAUGUUCUAGUGAAGAAAAUCCAGUUUGUCAGCUUCCUUCUCCUUUAUUUUCUUGUCAAUUUCAGGUAAAAAAGGAUUGUGGUAUGUGCAGGCUUUGCUGGACUGUUGAAAGUCCUGAUUCAGCGAGAAAGACAUCCUGUUAUUCUUGUACGCAAGGAUAUGCUGCUAAAUUUGAGUUCGAACCUGAACAGUUUAUAAGGCAAAACUUUCUUUACAGUUGGAGAACCUGCUUGACUGUUGCUCGGGUUACUAAAUAAGAUUAAGCUGCCACUUAUGCUUGUUCU